UUAUCAUAAAAGGUUGGAGUUUUAAUGGAGGAAGUGGAAGCAUUUCAACCGAAGGAAGAGUCAAGGAGCGGGCCAGUCAGCCCCACCACGCCGCCCAUCGAGCGGUUUUAUAAGCGGCGUCCCAGGCACAAACACAAUCACAGAAGUCUCAUCAAUGGGGAAAGGUGGAGAUAAUUCACGAGCAGAGGCCGUGAGCGCAGAUAAUCAGGCGCUCGUAAGUGAAAUUCAAGAAAUUUACGAGCGGCUGAGGAAAUUGGAAAGCCUGCGCCCUUCAGCCGUAGUGAACAGCCUCUUCACGCGCCUUGUGCGCCUCUGCACGCCACCGAGCUCUGUAAACGUAGGGUUUCUGAGCGAGGAGCAGCAGGUCAUGAGGUCGAAUCUCAUCGUCCUCUGUGGCGAAGCCGAGGGUUUACUCGAGAGCCACUACGCCGAACUCCUCGGCCGUUUCACCGACCCGAUGUGCCACGUGGCGCUGUUCCCUUACUACCACAACUACGAAAAGCUUGCCCUGCUGGAGUUCUCCAUGCUGACGAGUCACGCCGUUCCGCCGCCCCGCCGCCUCGCCUUCGUCGGCUCCGGACCCCUGCCGCUCUCGUCUCUGGUUCUCGCCACCCACCACAUGCCCGCCACGUGUUUCGACAACUAUGACAUGGAUCCCCUCGCCAAUGACCUGGCACGGCGUCUGGUAGUCGACCGUGCUGACCUGGCACGCCGCAUGGCGUUCCACAGCUGCAACAUAAUGCACGUCACUGGGCGGUUGGCGGAGUACGAGGUGGUGUUUUUGGCGGCGCUGGUGGGGAUGGAGAAGCGCGAUAAGGUGGCGGUGCUCCAACAUCUUGGGAAAUACAUGACACCUGGCGGUUUCCUCCUCCUUCGCAGCGCCCACGGGGCCAGGGGAUUUCUUUAUCCGGUUGUGGAGGAGGAGGAGGUGGAGGUGGAGGGAUUCGAGGUCCUCUCUGUUGUUCACCCCACGGAUGAGGUUAUAAACUCCGUCGUUUUAGCCAGGAAGCGCUAAACAUGGCGCUCCCGCUAGUUUUAGCGAGGAAGUGCUAAACAUAGUGCUUCCGCUAGUUAUGGUCCUUAUAUUCUUCAUUGUGGGUGCUGCCCACAAUCAGGAGAUUUACUAAAAUGGGAAAGCUCUUCGCUAAUAAUUUGUUCUCUUUCCCAUAGUUUGUAAGGAUCUCAUUUUCUUGUUCUACUCUGGCCAAUAAUGAUGAAUUUUCAUGGCCUUACCCUUAUAUAUUAUAUAUAUGUAUUUCUAUUUAGUCCA